GACACAUUCGCGAAUCCGACUAAUGACGCCACUUCCUGUAUGACAGCUGACAGGUGAUUCCGAAUCCGGUUCCGGGCUUUCGCAUUUUAUUUGCAGAGUCGGACCUUGUCACUUGAAGUGUUCACAAAUCCAAUGGCUGACAAAAAACGCUUAGCUUUCUCCAUUAUUCGGCAUUUACAUGACCAGUUACGCAAUGGUGGGCUUUCCUCAGAUGCACAGGAGAGCCUGGAAGUUGCUAUUCAGUGCCUGGAGACAGCCUUUGAGGUUUCCAUUGAAGACAGUAACUUAGCUGUACCAAGGAGUCUCCAAGAGAUAUUUACAGAAGCCACAUGUCAGGACUCUCCGCAAGUUAAUUCUGGCCUGGCCUCCCCUUGUGAUGAGGAUGUAGCAGAAGCUGAAAGAUUGAAGACAGAAGGCAAUGAGCAAAUGAAAUUAGAAAAUUUUGAAAGUGCUAUUUCCUACUACUCAAAAGCUCUUGAACUGAACCCAACAAAUGCUGUGUACUACUGCAACAGGGCUGCAGCUUACAGCAAACUGGGCAACUAUGCUGGAGCUGUGAGGGACUGUGAAGAGGCAAUUACAAUUGACCCUAACUACAGCAAAGCUUAUGGCAGAAUGGGACUGGCACUUUCAAGCUUGAAUAAACAUGCAGAAGCUGUAGGUUUUUACAAACAAGCCCUGAUACUGGAUCCAGACAAUGAAACCUACAAAUCAAACCUAAAGAUUGCAGAACAGAAAAUGAAAGAGCUGCCCAGCCCAAUGGCUGCUCCUGGAGGUUUUGAUUUGGCUGGCUUGCUCAAUAACCCAGGCUUUAUGAGCAUGGCGUCAAAUCUUAUGAAUAACCCCCAAGUUCAGCAACUAAUGUCAGGAAUGAUCUCUGGUGGCCACACACCAAUGGCUGGGGCUGGAGCUGCAGCUGCAGGAAACACUCCUCCAAAUGAUUUGGCCAGUCUUAUACAAGCAGGACAACAGUUUGCUCAGCAGAUGCAACAGCAGAAUCCAGAGCUGAUAGAACAAUUGCGCAGUCAGAUUCGAAGUCGACCUCCAAGUUCAAGUCAUGAUGAGCAACAAGAAUGAGCAGUGCUGGCAGGCUGAAGGAUAUUGUAUUACUUUCUUGGAUUAUGGGCAGAAAGUACUUGAGUGACUACAAUAGGGUCUGUCUUCCUUGGCGGUUUAUGCGAACAGUUGCUCUGGGCAUACUUUGUUGGAAGAAACGUUUUUCUUACCUCAUUACCCACUUCCUUACUACCAUUUUUAAAGAUCCAUUAAGCAUCACUUGCCAUAGGGUAGCACAAAGGGCUGAUCCAGUACGAACAUUUAGUCUUUUUGCUCCUGUUGAAGAAAAGAAAAUCCACAAUAUGUUGUUGUUUUCUUCUCCUCCAUGGCUAUUACUGUCUGCAUUUCGUUUGAACAGUGGUGUAUGUCUUGGGUGUGGCGACCUUUAACAUCAAUGUGAUAACCGGAAGGUUACAACUGGAUCAAGAGACAUUUCCUGUAGUUAAAUAGGAAACCUGUUAGAUGGAGACUCAAUCUUCUGGUUCUGUCAUUACAAUAAUAAAAUGAUCUGUGGUCUAUGACUGAAAAUGAGCAUUUACUUUUAAGAGAAAAAUCACUCCUAACAUUUUAUAGUUUUAGAGUUCUCUUCUCUGCAAGCAAUUACCAGUGUCUCAGAAGUCUUAUUAAAAGAUCUCACAGGUUUUAAGUAAUUUAAAUGCUCCUAAAUGAGAACAUAAUCCUCCAGCCAACUGUAUUAUAAAGGUGUUUUAAUAAAGAAUGAAUCACUGUUAACAACUAACCAAACAUUGCUGCUUUAUGGUAACUUUCUUAAAAUUGACUACAAACACUAACGUACAAAAUUCAUGUUAACCUUUACGUUUGUGGCAAUGGACACUGUAUGCGCAGAAAUGGCUCACAGAAUUGUGCAGGAUCACCGCUAAAGGGAUAUUAAAAUGACCAAGUAUAGAUAAAAUAUACAAUAUUAUGUAAAAAUCAUGCAUUUCAUUUACUCAUUAUUGAAUAAAUCAGUGAUGCCCCUUAA